CGUCAAUUGAGAUCUGGCCACCUUUACCGCUUUUUCGUGUUCAACUGCAACUCCACCGGUUCAUGCAUGGCUUGGGACGAUUUUUUCCGGGUCGCCUGUCUUGUCUGUUGUCCAGUUUCUCUUUAAUUUUUCGCACAUGAACCCUCCCACCAUGAAACCUCGCCCGCUGCAGCCGUCGACUCUGUGCUGCCCAUAGGACUACUUGCGAUGAAACACUCCCCUCCUCCGGACUGCGUCAAUAUUCUCUUCCACUGCGCAGUGCCUUGGGAGGCCGAGACUUUCUACUAUUGCUAUCUACGACAGCUCUCUGCGACUCAAGCCCCUCCAACAUGGCCUUCGGAACGAUUGUCACGUUGACCCUCCUGCCCGUCCUCAUCUUUGCUCUUUGGCAUCUCACCUCGACCAUGCUCCCCCCUAUGCCGGCCCUUCUCCGCAACAAGCGCAUCAUCCUGCUCAUCGCCCACCCGGACGACGAGUCCAUGUUUUUCUCGCCGGCCCUGCAAGCCCUCACUCACCCGUCGCUUCAAAACCACUUAAAGGUGCUAUGUAUGAGCACGGGCGACAGUGAAGGUCUGGGCGCAACACGGAGACAGGAAUUGGAGAAGGCCGCCUUGACACUGGGACUGAGGCGGAAGGAGGACGUCUUUGUGUUGGAUGACGAGAGGUUCAGGGACGGCAUGAAGGAGGAAUGGAAGGCGGAGGACAUUGCGCUCGUGCUGGCCAGUGCGUUUGCGCCGCACCUGAAUACGGCGUCUGCUCCAGCGGCCCCUGCAACACCCACACCGGAAUCCGACAAGGAAAAGGACAAGGACCGACGAAAAUCCAAAUCAGCCCCUUCGAAACACACCAAAUCCUCCUCUCGGACGUCCAUAACGACCCCGCCGGCUCCGGCGCAGAAGGAGGCGGACGGACCCCGCGCAACAAUCGACGUCCUGAUCACCUUCGACAAGGGCGGGAUCUCGGGCCAUCCCAACCACAUCGCCUUGUACCACGGGGCCUGCUUGUUCUUGCAGAAAAUCAUGAAAGGCCACUCCGGCUACGCUUGCCCGGUCACGCUGUACACCCUCCCCUCUAUCAACAUUGUACGAAAGUACUCCUUUAUACUAGACGCCAUACCCACCCUCCUCCUGGGGAUUUACGAGAGUAUAUUCGGCAACGUGUUCGGGACGACGAACGCGAAAGGCAAGACCGCCACGGGCCCCAAGAGCGCCGCAGACCGGGUGAUGUUUGUGAGCGACAUAUUCCGCUACUGGAAGGCGCGCGAGGCCAUGAUUCGGGGACAUAAAUCCCAAAUGGUCUGGUUCCGCUGGGGCUGGAUCGGAUUAGGGAGGUAUAUGGUCGUGAAUGAUUUACGGAGGGAGCGAGUUGUUGCGGGUUGAGCGUGGGCACAAGCCCACCCCAAAGUGACACCAGUAAAUCGGGAGACAAAUUCUUAGCUUCGAUUUUUUAUUCCCCCCAAGGAAAGGCUUCAGACGAGGAUUCCGCGCAGAGAGGAGAGAGAUCAAAUUGUCUUUUCAGGAGAUCCGCGCAGGUGGCUUGGGGAUGUACAAUGGGAGGGUUUUUUGACGGUUCUUGCUUGUUCAUGAUAUCCAAUUUGGCUUUUCUGCUUGAGAGAUUGAGAGGGAGCAUCCUGACGAGGGCAAUGGUUGUCUUUUGCGAGAACCUAAACCUACCGCGUUCCUACAUAGGGAGUUGUUGCGAUAUGUACGCACAUGAUGGAUGAUGUUACACUUGUUACACGUCCUGUAUCACACCCCAGCCAAUCCAAAAAUCUGGCAUCGUGUCACG